ACUCAGUUUGCUUUGUGGGAUAGGCGUAAGCACUUAACAGAAACGGUAACUCGUUAGUAUCGGUCCGGUCCGUGGGAAUCACUGGUGACAGAAAAUAAAAUAAAGAAACAAACAUACGUGAGCAACUGAAAACGAACGACGAACUGGGAUAGGCCCCAAAAGUCAAUGCGCGUCCGUAUACGUUGAAAUUGUCGUGCAAUAUAGCUGCAUAAUUUGGUCUUUGCUAUGUCUAUUUUUUGAAUAAGCCUUCACAUUCGAAAAGACAGAAAUAGAAGGAAUUUUUAAGAUGUUCUGUAACUACGUGAAAAUGUGAUUUAAAAAUAAAACGAAUGUGAAACGACCAGAAGUGGAGAAGCGGAUAUAUCAUCUCGGAAACAAUACCGACAUCGAUCAACGUGUGCACAGAAAAACUACCAUCACCGUUAACAUUACAAACCGUGCUGAAAUCAGUUUCAUUCAUGGUGGCGUGCUCACUUAUCAAUCUAGAGUAGUUACAAGUGUAUAUCGGGGCAACUAGUUUGUUAGUGUAGUGCAUAAGUCAAGAUAGUGGCACAUUAAAAAGAAAUAGAAUAUAAUGGCCGUUAGAUGUGUGUGAAAAGUAUCAGAAAACGUCGUAGUUCCAGGCGAAGAUGAGAAAGCGUCGAAAAAAAUGGUUAAGAAAAUGUGAGUUUGAGAGGUGGCCAGCAGAGUUGAUUCUGUAAAGUUAAUUACAUCAAUUAGUGGUGACCGAAUGUGAACCGAAGACCAUACUGCGACUGGCGAAAAUCGAAUGCCCUAUCUCGUCGGAUGUGUUUGAGCGUAGUAUUAAGAAGGAUAUGAAACAUGUUUUACCACUUCGAGCAUGUGAUCAAAUCGAUGCAGUAUGUACGCAAUGUGAAACCGCCUCAAGUACAUAAUUUAAAAGGUCUUAGAAAGUGAAUCAUAUGUGGUUAUAAUGUACCCGUCCAACAUGGGUUCGACAAAGUUUCAACUCAUCUUCACCGUCAUUCUUGUGUACCAAAUUAACAGUAUUGAUACAAGAAAACACGCUGAGCAGCAUCCAGCUGUUUUUCGUCAUACCGAUGAUGGUGAUAGAAGAAUUACUGCCACUCCCAGUGCUGCGAAUCGUUCACAUGCUGGAGAAGUCAACAGAAGCGCCAGUUCGGAAACUAUAGGAUUGAGUAAACAAGGUGCCAAGAAUAGUUUCAUCAGCAAUGAGUCAGUCGUUGUCUCACGGCAACGGCGAUCGGUAGGUAGUAUUACCGGACAAACUGGAUCUCUGAGCUUAUGCAACAAGGAAGGCUGCAGUUGUUUGGACCAACCUAUCCUGACCAUCGAAUGCGAGCUGCACAACAGAGAGUUGUCGCUGGACGGUCAAUAUCACAUUCCUAAAGAGGCAAAAAGUCUCAACUUGCGAUUAGUUGAUCGACGAGCAAGAUUACUAAUCUACACCAAACAGUUCGAAAAUAGUUUACUAAAUCGAGUGCUAAUCAAAGGUAACUUUGCCGGCACCGAUGGUCACGAGCAUGUCGAGUUCCUUGCUGAGGCAUUCUGCCGUAACAAUGGUACCUAUCCUGAGCUAGAAGUGUACAACAUUCACACAGUUGUGUUCAGCAAGCAUACAUUCUGUCAGGAAUUCAAACUCAAUGUGACGAGGGCUAAGGAGGUGAUUAUAAUGCCAGAGGCGUUUGCCGUCGCUGAGAGUGAAAUCCUACUCAAUCACGUGACAGACAUCCGAAUUCAGGAAGAUGCCUUUAGAAAUUCGAUUACAACGAAGCUCGAUAUCGUCAACAGUGCAAUUAAAACCCUGUUUGAACUAAGGGCGUCAUUCCGACAGAUACAGUUCAUCAACAGCACCAUCGAAGAGAUCUCAAAAAAAGCAUUUGAUGUCAAUAAAAUAGAUUCAUUGAUAUUUGAAAACUGCAGGAUCGACGUACUAAGGUCUGAGGCAAUUACUGAGAAGCUUCUAUGUAGAUACUUCACCAUGACAAACUGCAGGAUAAAAAAGAUUGAAACAAGUUUCAUAACAGACAGCGGAAUAAUUAUCUUCAACAUGCAAAAUAACGUCAUUGAUGAAAUUGCUGCCGAUGCCAUCAAGUUUACUGGAAUUUCGAGUACAAUCGUCAAUAACGUGAUCAAAGUGACGGACAUAAAUUGGUUCUUCCAGAAACAAGGCUGGACAAAAGUGCAGUUUUUGAAUAAUUCUUUCGGAGAGUUCAACUACUUUAAACUCGAGCGAACGCAAUCGCCCGAAGUUUGCAAGUUCCAUGGAAAUUCAGUUACUUUUCCUGCUACCAAGAGCUUCAGCUUCUUUCAGCACAAAGAGUGUUCCUUGAGUGAGAUAUCGUUCAAUAAACCGUGCAGUUGUGACGAGCAUUGGUUGAAGGAGCUAAGCUUCCAAGAUUACGAUAAACUGAUAAAGGAGAGCUAUUGUACAAUAGAUAAAACGUUAAAAUACUGUUUCAAUGCAACCACAUUCAAUGUGAAAAUGUACAUGAAACAAGUCUGUGAUGAAAAGACACGAACAAUCGAUUGCUCACGCAGUCAAAAGGAGAAAAAAGUGCAACCACAUUUCGUUAGCCCGGAUGAAAUUGAAUCACUCCAGUAUAACGAUUAUUAUCAGUACGUUAUCAUAGGUGUCGUUAUCGUUUCAUUAGUGAUACUAAUUCUGUCCAUAUUUUUCUGCAAAAUAUGCAGUAAACGACAGCCGAAUAGCUCCGAAGAUGUCAUAUCGAAUGCCUCUUUUACCAUGACUCAUAAGCCAUCGAAAGCAUUUUCAAAAGAUGACAAAAAGAUUAUUCAUCAAACACUGGACAAGAUCAAAGAGAAACAAUCACCGGAAAUGUAUGAGGCCGUUUUUAUACACACCAAAAAACUUCUCGAUGGUAAUUUUACUGAGACUGAGAAGGUGCUAACCAUCGGCGAAAUCGUUCGGCGAUUGAACGAGUGCGAGAACAGUGGAGAUGACUUUGUAGCGUUUACCGAUAUUCUGUAUCGCCAUCUAGCGCCGAGUACUAGUCCCACACCACAUGAAACUAUUUAUGCCGAGCCGUCUGCGCCACAGGAAGGGACGACCAUAAUCGAAGGAACGGGAUCGCCUGAUCACAUAUAUGCUGAGUUGACCAGUGCGGCACAACCAUUGCUCGUCAAUGAAUAUUCGGCACCGAUGGAUUUGAGUGACUCACACUACUCUGAACCAGUGCAGAUUAUUGCUAAAGAUAAUGCCCGAACGCUCAUAACUCCGUACGCCAUAGGGAAUAACAUUGGAGCAAUCAGCCUACAGCAGCAACCGGGAACGUCUCGAAAUUUGCCAGAUAUUCUCAAUUCGAAUAGUGGUAACAGUACUGGUAGCAAUACCGGUGCCCAACUGAAUGCCAUAGCCGUUCCAGAACCACUCAGAUACAUGGAUCGGUCCCCAACGAGCAGUAGGGAAAUUCCCGAAUAUACACUGCCAGUGAAGAAAGUGCCACCACCAAAGCCUGUUUUCCGACGCGAGCCAAUAGUAGAGUCUGACAGCUCAUCCACGUCAAAUUCCGACCACUCAGAACAUUCGGGUGGCAGUGAUAUUACCGUUAAAAUAGAAGAUAUCGUGGAAUAUGCCGACGCGUAACAAUAUUGGAGUUCAGUGCAAUGGAAAAGAUGUUAGUUUUUAUAUCCGAAAAUAAAA